UGUUGAUGUGACUAUCAGUGGUUAAAGGCUGUCAGCCAAGAAUAUAAAAAUGAACCCACACCAAAGGUGACAAACAGUACAUCCUACGCAGUACAACUUGACGACUAUAAUUGCUGCAAACGCUACUUCGUAACGCGGCAAGCACAAACACUUGGAACCUAUAACAACUUCUUACAACAAACAUGUAUCGUCACUACGCUAUUGGUUUGCUGGCUAUCAUUGGCUUCAUUGCCGCCGCUAAUUCAACGUCGAUUAAUCUUUGCGAUGGUGUGGCCGACAACGUUUUUGUAGCGGAUAUCACGAACUGCAGCAACUACUAUAUUUGCGUUAAGGGCGAGGCGAUCGCUCAGCAAUGUCGCUAUAAUUACUCCUUUAAUGGCAAGACGCAAUCGUGUGAAGUAUCCAACGCAUCCUGCUUGGCUUGUGACCCAAGUAAAUUGUCUUCGGUAGGCUUGGAAAGGACAUGCAACAAAUAUGCGCUCUGUUUUGCUGGCACACCAGUGCUACAAGAAUGCGCUGACGAUUUGCAGUACAAUCCAAACUUAAACGCUUGCGAUUAUCCUCAAAAUGUGGAUUGUGUUGCAAACCGUUGUUCCAUUUAUGAUAGUCCCGAUAGUAUUGUCUACGCUCCCAGCCAGUCGUCGUGUACAAAAUAUUUCGUCUGCAUGAAUGGCCAACCACAAAACCAAACAUGCGUCGGUGGUUUGCAAUUUAACGCUGUCAGUAACCAAUGCGAUCGUCCAGCCAACGCAAAUUGCACUAUUGCCGCUAUACCCAAAUCACGUUCCUUCCAAACUGCCGCUGAGAUCGCUCCACGCAUGGUCAAUAUUAACUGCCCCAGUGUGGGUAUUCAGCAGAUUGCGCACCAAAACCUAAAUCAAUACUACAUGUGUGUUAACGGUAAGGGUGCACUAAUGACUUGCGCUGCCAAUCUGUUCUUUGACAAGGAUAUGGGUGCUUGCCGCCGUAAGGAGGAUAUCCUAAAAAAAUAUUAAAGCGUAUAUCAUAAAAAAGGAUUAAGUUUCUCUCGUUCAUAAUUACUAAAUGAAUAUGUGCAUUUGCUAGUUCUUCGCUAUGUUACCACGUACAAUUAUUAAAAAUUAAUAAAACAAGGC